CAUGGGAGAUUGUUUAGACAAUACCACAUGUAAAAGUAUGCACUGUAUCUAUACUUUCACAGGGAGGAGAUCCUGAGGCUGAUGGAGCAGAAAUCCAAUGCUGAAACAGAGCUGAGGAGCCUCAAGCUACAGGUAAGAUCAGCGAGAGAGACAGAGGGAUUAAGCAGAAGUGCAUCUCCCAGUGGAAGAGUUUUUGCUCCACCAGUGGGAAUUGAACAGCAGACAUGUCAAGAGGAUCGAAGAAUGUCAAGGCAAGACAGAGGCACCAUUACAGACUCUCUAACUCUGCUCCCAGAGGAGCUACAGCCUGAAGUGUCUGUCCUGCAGCAGCAGCUCGAAGAAUCAAGCUGUAAACAACGGACACAACUGGACAUCAUCAAGUGCUUGCGAGAGGAGCUGCAGGAGCUGAAGUCCAAUAAGUCAGGGGACAUCAAGGCUUCUCUAGAAGAGGUGGAUGGGGAGCUGCUCCAAGUAAGAGCAGAACUGCAGAAAAUGUGGGAUGUCCUGAAGAUCCGGGACUCUGAACUAGAAGUGCAGCACCAAGAACUCCAGUCAGCACGAGGACAGAUAUCAGAGCGUAGCAAUGAGGUGAAGAGGCUGGAGAAGAUGCUGGAAGAGCAAGCUCAGGAGCUGGCGCAGAAAAAACAUGCUUUAGGACGACUAGAAAGACUGAGGGAAACAGAGAAAACUGAACUGGAGAUAAAGGUUUCCUCGCUUGAACUCAAGUUUGCAGAGCUGAGGGAGCUGGAAGAGGAACAGACCCACAGGAGUGAGAAAACGUCUGACAGCAAGUGCCUCCGCUGUAAAGCUGUGGAAGACCUUACUGCACAGCUGCAGGAGAAGGAGAGAAGGUGUGCUGAGUUGCAGCAAGAAAGAGACCAGGCCGUUCAGGCCCCGGAAAAGCUCCAGCAGGUAUUGUACAUACAGAGUAAAAAGUCUCUUUUUCAACAGAAUCGCCCAACACAGCCUGAGACAGUGGCUGGGAUUGAGUUGAGUUGUUCUACAGGGUCAGGAGAAAAAGAGGUCCCUAGACUGAAAAGAAAGAUUCAUCCGCAGAACUCAGACCAUGACAGACAGAGAAAACUGGUCCUGGAGCAGCUGAAGAGCCUGUUUCGUGAGCGGGAGCAGCUGGGCAAGACCUAUGUGAAGCUGGCAGAGCACAGGAAAGCAGAGGGCUCCUUGGAGGAGUGGGGUCCUAAGUCACAGCUCAUCCAGAACGCAUUGGACACCCUCAGCAAUCAGGAGAGGAGUCGGCGGGAGCUUGAGGGGGAGAGAGAGCGCCUGCAGGAGGCGCCAGAGUACAGGGAGCACCGUGGGCUUCAGGAGCAGGUGGACAGACUCAGAGAGGAGCUGCGCAGCAAGACUGACAAAAUGUCUUCCAUGGGUAAGGAGAUUGAGAACUUGAAGGAGAGAAAUGAAAAUCUGCUGAAAGCCAAGCUGAGAUUCCAACAGCAGAUCCAGGGCCUGCGGGCUUCUGGCCCACAAUGGAGAGACAAAAGCUUGGUGCAGGGAGUGCCCUGGCUGUCUGAAGACCCUAUUGAAGGAGAACACCAAGGCAGAAGUGCAACGUCCUCUCCUAGCAGAGAUGGGACAUUUCUGGCCAGGCAGGUGGAAGUCCUAGAUUUCCCUGGGGAUGAGCCAGGGGAGCAUGAGACUGUCAGGGACACACGGCCAGGCUCCUGGAGCUCAAGUUCUCCUGUCCCGCUUAACGCCGGCGUGCUGCCCCGAACCCCCAACGAGCUCAGCGUUCCCACUACUCCUGCAAAGCCCUUUUCUAGCAGGUGCUCCCCAGACCUCUCCCCCCUGACACCCCGAAGCUGGGCCAGCUCCCAGGAGUCGCUCGCGGACAAACCCACCCUGCUGCUGUCCCCCCAGCCCUUCCGCUCCCAGACCCUCAAGAACAGCCUCAGGUCUGGGGAGAAGUAGCGGAACACCACUCGUGGCCUGAAUGCAGCAACGCAGUGAAGGAUGCUGGCUUCUGCUCUGAUUGGUCACGGUGGUGGAAAGCAGUUCCCCUGAUUUCUGAUUUAGUACACGAAACAUUCUGUGAGAGGUUGAAGGAUAUUUUUCAAUAAUGUUGUCGUAUGCUUGACUUUUUUCCUGUCCUAGCACUAAAGGCAUCACUGUUCUUAGACAGUGUUCUAUGUAUGGUUUCUAAGUUAGCUGCUUGAAAUGUGAAAUUUAAAAAUACAAAAUGACUUCAAUCUAUUUUUUGAGAGUGACAGAUUACUCAUUUUUGUGUCUGACCUAGAUUUUUCUGUGAUCUCUUUUUUCCCAAAAGAGAGAUGUGCUUUACAAUAGAUUUAUUUUUUAACUGAGGAUUUAUUCAUAUUAUUCAUACUACAGUAUUUCUUACUGUAAUUGUACUGUAUAUAAUCCAGAUAUAGUUCCAGUAAUGUUAAUGAUGAUUUACCAUUCUUUUCUUGAUGUAAAUUGCAGUAUGAGGAUGUCUCAACAUUACAAUUUUUUCUAAACAUAACUGGUGUUUAUUUAAAUUUUUGUUUUUUAAUUUUUUACUUAUGUUUUGUUAAUACUGUAAUACUGUAAGUACCUUAAUGUACCUUAAUGUCAGGUAUGAUUUUAAGAAGUGUUUAUGUAGGGACAAUGCUAGUAGUCCAUUUUCAUUGUCAGACGUAAUAGCUGGCUAGUGUUUCAGAAGCAGUUUGCUAAGCGAGGCUGGGUACUUUGAAAAGAAGUAUUCAGCUUUUAAAUCCAUGUAUUAUUUGCAUUGAUGUGUUGAAAGUGGAGAAAGACCUCCAAAAUCAUAAAUUAAAUUAAAUAAAGUUAAGAACUUAAGAAGUUGUGCAUUUAGUAGUAUUGUGGGCCUUCAAUACAUUGUAUCAGGGAAAGUGAUAAAAAAGAUCAAUUUCAACAUGGAACAAUGUAAAGGUUAAUUCCGUGCUGAAGAGCAGAAAGAAGCAAGCAUUGGCUGUCAGGAGCAAGGGAGAGGGUGUGAGGAGGCAGGCAUACGAAGCACAGGAGACAUAGGACAAAGCAGAUAAGAAUGGGCACACGGGUGAGAAAGUUUGUUCAAAUGAAGGGUGGUCUGUGGGAGAGAAGGGAGGAUUUGCUGCUGAAACUAGUCAAACUUCUACAUUUAAAAAUGUAUCAUAUUUCAGUUACUAAUAAGGUAAAAUAGAUUUCCACAUAAUGUAUUAGUGGAAAUCUGCUGAUAAGACACUACAUUUGGAAUGACCUGAAUUUUACUACUCAAGCAGCAAAGUACAAAACUGCUUCUUAUUGUACUGAUCUCUGUAUUUAUGUUUGAAAAUUUCUUAGUACAAAAGUGUGUGAUUAGAUGUUAUUUACAGUAUGUUAGUAUUGUAUAAGUCUCUGCAAGGUGUACAGUACGUGCUGAUGCCUACACACAGUGUCAACUCUUGAUUACUACUAAAUAAGGUUCUGAUAACCCUUUAUUUCUAAUUUAUAUGAAAUAUACUGCAGUGAACUAAUGCUUGCGAUUCUGCAAUGAGAUUUGAUGUUUUUGAUCCUUUUAUUCAGGUAAAUUUGAACUGCAGUAGCCCUAUGGAUUUAAAGAGUUUCAUGGCCAUUUGACUCAAGGCUUGCAGUAUAUACUGUAGAUAUGACUUAUUCAAACAACAGUGCCAUUUGAUCUAGUCAUUUGCAUGGAAACAUUUUUAGCCUUUUUUCUAUAAUUCACAAAUGCUGAAAAAUGCCAUAAAUAAAAUACAAAUAUUCAAUAUAUGAUUUUAAAAAUGCAACAUUUACAGUAUAAUUGCCUUCUGUAUUAAGGUGAAAGUUCAUGUGACUGAGUAAUAAUGCGAAUGAUCCAAAUUAAAUGUGCUGAAUUGAU